AUUAAAACCAACCCUAAGCUCCUUGUUUCUCCGCUCUAAAGGUAGCCUCAAUUAUUGCUGACUUAGGCAUCGGAGUGUCUACCCCGAGGAUCCACCUCGGGGCUUUACAGGUCAAUCCAAAGUGCAGAUACGGACUGAAGAAGGACUUCUGGUUUGGUGCAGUUACAUUUUGGCGCUGUCUGUGGGAACCUGAACUAAAAGCUCCCUUGUUGCUCUUAUCAUGAUUAAAACUAGGUCAGCCCGAGGUGGAAACUCGUCUCAGCCUCUUGGACGAGGUCAGGUCCCUAGCAACCUUCCACCUCAUCCCCCACCCCCAAUCCCGAAUACAUUCCCUCAUGUUGACCAUACAGAAGGAGGGGAUGAAAAACAGCCACACAAUUCGACUCACAACUCAGCCUCCACCGCUAAUCAAGAUGUAGUUGCAACUCAGCUUGCUGCCAUGCAACAGCAGUUUGGUGUCUUUCAGCUAGUGCUGGCUCAGCUGUUAGCCCGGAACAAUCCUGUUCAACAUGCUCCCGAUGUUAGUGAAUCUCAGGGCCAAUCUCACAUCGCACCAGCUCAGCAACCCCUUCAUGAUGAUGUCACUCGACGUCUAGAUAGCUUAGAAAAGCUAGUGGUUGAACAGCGAGGUGUCCCACCUCCACACCCUACUGCUGACUCCGUACCCCACCCUCUCAACACCAAUAUUAUACUGGAACCCUAUCCCGCUGGCUUCAGAAUACCACAGCUUGAAACUUAUGAUGGGACGAAGGACCCCGAUGAUCAUCUACAUGCUUUCUACUCUUGCAUGCAGGCCCAGAACGCCUCUAAUGCGUUGAUGUGCAAAAUCUUUCCCUCUACCCUCCGAGGUAAUGCUCGAACCUGGUAUUACAGUCUACCUCCGAGGUCAAUCAACUCUUACACAGAAAUGGCAUCUGCUUUUGCCACAAAGUUUUCCAGUAGAAGGUUGAUUAGGAAAACCACUUCUGAGUUGAUGCGAGUUAAGCAGAGGGACGGAGAGUCUUUGAAGAAUUUUAUGAGCAAAUUCAAUGAUGCAGUACUAGAGGUUAACUCUUUCGACCAAGCUGUGGGAAUUACAGCUGUGAUCUCAGGUCUUAGCCAUGAGAGAUUCAGAGAUAGUCUGCUCAAACAUCCUGCCAACACCUUCAGCGAGGUAAAUGAUAGAUCGUUGAAAUUCAUAACUGCUGAGGAAUAUGCCCUGUUACAGAACCUAACUCAUGUUAAGAACCAACACCCGGACUGGAGAAAUGAGAAUCCGAACAGGAAACGGAUGAAGACAACACAAAACCGAGGUCCGAUGUCGGCUUUCACCCUGAGAUUCGGAAGGCCGAACUCAGCACUUUCACAACAACCUGCAGGUAAUCCUCCAAUUAAUUGGACUCCUUUUAAUUUACCGAGGUCACAAAUCUUUAUGCAAAUUAAGAAUAAGAUGGACUUAAGACGUCCGGGUCCAAUGAGAACUGCUGCUGUUACCAGAGACCAUACUAGGUACUGUGAUUUUCAUCAAGAUCACGGUCAUACAACAGAGCAAUGCAAUAAUCUGAGGUCCAAGCUGGGAAGUCUGGCGCAGAAAGGAAUGUUGAAUGAGUACAUCCAGAGAGUGGAACAGCCAAGGUUUGUCAGAGAACAAGGGCCACAACAUCAAGGAGUCCGCAAUCCCCCAAACAGGCAAGGUGUGGGAUAUCAGCAAGCCCCACCACCACUCCCACCACCAGCUAGAGUCAUACGCAUGAUUACGGGAGGUUUGGAAGCAGGGGGACUGAGCUCUAAGCAGCGAAAGUUGUAUGUCAGAGAGGUUAAGCACCAGAACCGAGCUCAGAAGCAAAAAUUUGACAAUGCUGAGUGGAAGAAUCAACCCAUCACUUUCACAUCUGCUGAUCUCGAAACAGUUGUCACACCUCAUAAUGAUCCUCUAGUCACUUCCGUCACGAUCAACAAUUGUGAGGUGCAGCGUGUCCUUGUUGACACAGGGAGUGCACCAGACAUCAUUUCCAGAGUUCCAGUUGAAGGAGUCCUCACCAUGAAUGUUGCAUUUGGAAGUGGCCGAAGUUAUGUGACCCCUUCCGUGAGGUUUUUAGUAGUAAAGAUGGCGUCCUUUUUCAACGCUGUCAUUGGCCGACCUACACUGACUGAAAUCCGAACUGUGGUUUCCCAGUCUCACCUAUGCAUGAAAUUCCCAACUCCUACGGGAAUAGCAACGCUCCGAGGCAACCAGGAGGUGGCCCGACAUUGCUAUAUCACCUCGGUAACACAACCCCAGAAGGGCAAGGCUCAGACACUCAAGAUUAAUCCCAAACGGGUUCCUGAUGAUCGCCAAGUUAUGGGCGUUGAGAUAGUAGAUAACCGACCAGAGGAUGAAACCAGAGCUGCUCCAGUCGAAGAUGUGGAGGAGAUACAGAUUGAUGAUAAAGAUCCGAGCCGGAAAACGCAAAUUGGGACUAAAUUGAACCUGGAGGAAAGAGCAGAGCUAAUAGCUUUUCUUCGGGCCAAUAAAGAUGUUUUUGCAUGGACUUCAGCAGAUAUGCCGGGAAUUCCCACUUCAGUUAUUAAAGAAGAAGUCGAGAAACUCCUACAAGCCGGUUUUAUCAGAAGGGUAGAUUACUGUGAGUGGGUCGCCAAUCCGGUGCUGGUGAAAAAAGCAAACAGUAAAUGGUGGAUGUGCAUUGAUUACACUAACCUCAACGAUGCAUGUCCAAAGGACUGUUAUCCAAUGCCAAACAUUGAUAAGCUGGUUGAGGCAGCUUCGGGAAAUGAGAGAUUGAGUCUCUUGGAUGCAUACUCAGGCUACCACCAGGUCCCAAUGGCUCCUGAGGAUGAAGAAAAAACCUCGUUCUAUGCUGGCGAUGAGAUCUAUUGCUAUGUAAUGAUGCCCUUUGGCUUGAAGAACGCAGUGGUAAAGAGUUUGAAAGCUGACGAUCACUUAACCGACCUUGAGGAGACAUUCAACAAUCUCAGACAGAAUAGAAUGAGGUUAAACCCAACCAAAUGCAUCUUUGGUGUGGAGUCUGGAAAAUUCCUGGGUUUCAUGGUUUCCCAGAGAGGGAUUAAGGUCAAUCUAGAGAAGAUCAGAGCAAUUGCCGAGAUGGAACCGCCGAAGUCAGUGAAGGAUAUACAGAGGUCAGCUGCCCAGAAGGAUGAAUCGGGUAAACAGAAGAAGUUUGAGUGGACUCAAGAAUGCCAAGCCACAUUCGACGAGCUGAAGUCUUAUCUUAGCUCACCACCUCUACUGACUAAAGCCAAAGAUGGAGAAAUCCUCUAUUUAUAUCUGGGAAUUUCAGAUGAAGCCAUUAGUUCGGUUCUGGUAAGAGAAGAAGCCAAACAGCAGAAGCCAAUCUAUUACAUCAGCAGUGUGCUGCAUGGAGCAGAGCUGAGGUACCCCCUUGUAGAGAAGGCAGCUUUAGCAGUUGUCACUUCGGUCAGGAAGUUAAGGCCAUAUUUCCAAUCACACCCGAUCAUUGUCCUUACGGACCAACCUCUUCGACAGAUCCUACAAAAGCCACAAUGCUCCGGAAGACUAAUUAAAUGGACAGUAGAGCUGGGGGAAUUCGAGAUAACAUUUCAACAGAGAUCUGCAAUCCGAGCUCAGGCACUGGCAGAUUUUAUUAUGGAAUUCACUCCACGUCAUUCAACCCCCAAUCCAGAGCCCAACGAGUGGACCUUAUAUGUCGAUGGGGCAUCUAGUAGCAAAGGAUCAGGAGCUAGUGCUCUCUUGAUCGGCCCAGAUGGAUACCGAAGUGAACAUGCUUUGAAAUUUAACUUCGAUGCAACAAACAACAUGGCUGAGUAUGAAGCCCUGCUACUUGCUCUGGUGGCCGAGCUGAAGUGCAAAUUCCAAAAAUUCUGUCUAAGCAAAAUCCCCCGAACUGAGAAUGAACAGGCAGAUUCACUCUCCAAAUUCGCCUCUGAUAGUUCUUUACAUUCCAGAUCGGUUUUUGUGGAGGUCUUAGAUGAACCAAGCUUCAUGAAGCCACGGGACAGGCAAGAGGCAAUGAAGUUGAGGAGGAAAGCAUCUCGGUAUACACUUGUUGAUGGGGUCCUCUAUAAGCGAUCUUUCUCUUUACCUCUUCUACGGUGCUUGAAUCCCUAUGAAGCAGAAUAUGCACUCAGGAAGGUGCAUGAAGGUGUCUGCGGAAGUCAUGUGGGUGCUCGAACUUUGGCUCAUAAAGUCCUUAGACAGGAAGAGCUCACUACUCUGGUAGCACCAUGGCCAUUUGCUCAGUGGGGAUUGGAUCUUUUGGGCCCAUUCGUGAAGGGGGUUGGUGGUGUAACCCACUUGAUUGUUGGUGUAGAUUAUUUCACAAAAUGGGUCGAAGCUCGGCCGUUAUCCAGUCUUACUUCCAAGAAGGUUGAAAACUUUGUUUUCAGCUCAAUCAUCUGCAGAUAUGGGAUCCUGAAUCAGAUUGUGGCUAAUAAUGGAACUCAAUUUAACUGCACCUCUUUUCGAGAUUUUUGUUUCAACUACGGGAUUAAACUGCAGUUCACCUCGGUUUACCAUCCGGAGUCCAACAGCAUGGUCGAAUCUGUUAACAAGUGCAUCUUAGAAGGAGAAACACCCUAUCACCUGGCCUUUGGUACCGAAGCAGUCAUUCCUAUCGAGAUAGGAGUUCCAAGCUUCAGGGUCACUCAUUUCAAUGAAGGACGAAAUGGACAGUUGCUUCGGGAGAACCUUGAUCUGCUUGAAGACGUUAGAGAAGAAGCACAACUUCGAACUCUAGUCUACAAGCAGAAAAUAGCAAACUUCUACAACAAACGAGUUCGACCUCGAACAUUCAAAGUAGGAGACCUUGUUCUCAGGAAAGCAGGUCUGACGGGGUUCGAAACUUGAUUCGGCAAGUUGGCACCAAACUGGGAAGGCCCUUACACUAUCGCCGAAGUGCAGCACCCAGGUGCUUAUAUCUUAUGGGACACUGAAGGCAAACGGGUUCCCAGGGUAUGGAAUGUCAAUAAUUUGAAGAAAUUCUACCCUUAGCACACUUCUUUCCAGUGAACUUCAUCUUAUUUUCAUAAGCAUCGUCAUUUUUUCUUGCUCUAUGUAUUCGAGCUAAAUUUACUUAUUUCAUUAAUGAAUUUCACUUCACGUU